UCUUUGACUUUCAGACAUGCUGGACAAGUGGACCUUCCUGCUCUGUCUGGUGCCUUCACUGGCACAGGACCUCUGCACGCCAGGUGCUUCAGAUGGAUACAAAGUGCGACUCAGCAUCCAAACAGCUCUGGGAGAUGAUGCGUAUGUUUGGAACCCGAAUGAGAUGUUUCUGUUCAGAGCCUCGCUGGCUUUUGCUAUGAGGAACCAUUUUGAUGGAGAAGACUUCCAAGUGUCCAACAUCCUGGUGUGUGAGGAAACACUCCGUGUGUCCUUCUGGUUUGUGGUCACGUUGCCUGGCAACACCUCACACCUGCUGGAUAGAGAGCAGGUGCAAAUGGCUGUCAGGAAGUCGAGGAGCCGCAUCAACAGCGCCUUCCUGCUGACGGACAGAACGCUGGAGUUUGUUGGCAUCGCGCCCACGCUGGCGGCGCCCGUGCUGCCUGACACGCCCCCCUGGCUCAUCGCCUUCGGGGUGGUGAUGGGCGCCGUGGGGGCCGCCUUCGUGGUCCUGCUCGCCUUCUCCGCCGUGCAGAAGAGGCGAAACAAGAAGACAAAGACGGAGGACACGGAGGACACGGAGGACAACGAGAAAACUCUGGGAAACGGAAGCGCCCGGCAGGACGCAGGGGGCGUGUCUAACACAGGGGGCGUGUCUAACGUGUCCUUCUUGGAGGACGAGCGAGUCACACACAUGUGAUCCUGGGACGUGACUCAAACAUUUUAUUUUCCCACAUUCGUCACUCAAAAGUCAGAAUGCUCCUUCGUCAACUGCAUGUUAACGCUAGGAUGCUAACUUUUUGUCCCUAAUUUCACAGCCUUAACUUGGUAGGUGACACAUGCUAACUGCUGGUAUGCUAACUUUAUUUUGUUAAUUUUGUCACCAGUUAUUAGUUAAUGCUUCACAUAUGCUAACUGUUUUAGCCAAUUUUGCUGCCAUACACCUCACAGUCACACAUAUUAACUGUUAGCAUGUUUACAUAAACAUGGUAAAAUGCUAACAUUAGCGUGCUAAAUUUUUCAGCCGUACACCUCAGAGACAUAUGCUUUGGUACGUGACACUUAGUAACUAUUAGCAUGCUAAUAUUAGCAUUAGCUUUUUUUUGUUAAUUUUGCUGCUGUACAUAAUUCAUAUAGUCAUAUAAUUUGGUACGUCAGACAUGCUACCUGUUAAAAUGUUAACGUUAGCAUGCUAGCAUGCUAACAUUGGCAUGUUAAAUAUUUUACACAGUUUUGCUGAUGUACACAUCAAGUCUAUAAAACGUAGUACUUGACACAUAUUAACUGUUAGCAUGUUGACAUUAACAUGAUAACAUGCUAACAUUAGCGUGCUAACUUUUUCAGCCGUACACCUCAGUCAUAUGCCUUGGCACGUGACACUUCGUAACUAUUAGCACGCUAACAUUAGCAUGCUAGCUUUUUUAGUUAAUGUUGCUGCUGUACAUAAUUCAUAUAGUAAUAUCAUUUGGUACGUCAGACAUGCUACCUGUUAAAAUGUCAAUGUUAGCAUGCUAGCAUUGGCAUGCUAAAUAUUUUACAAAGUUUUGCUGAUGUACACAUCAAGUCUAUAAAACGUAGUACUUGACACAUAUUAACUGUUAGCAUGUUGACAUUAACAUGAUAACAUGCGCGUGCUAACUUUUUCAGCCAAUUUUUCAGCCGUACACCUCAGAGUCCUAUGCCUUGGUACGUGACACUUAGUAACUAUUAGCAUGCUAGCUUUUUUUUUGGUUAAUGUUGCUGCUGUACAUAAUUCAUAUAGUAAUAUAAUUUGGUAAGUGACACAUGCUACCUGUUAGAAUGCUAACGUUAGCACUCCAUCAUGCUAAAAUUAGCAUGUUAAAUAUUUUAGACAGUUUUGCUGAAGUACACAUCAAGUCAUAAGAGUUAGUACUUGACACAUAUUAACUGUUAGCAUGUUUACAUAAACAUGAUAAAAUGCUAACAUUAGCAUACUAACUUUUUCAGCCUUACACCUCAGAGUCAUAUGCCUUGGUACGUGACACUUAGUAACUAUUAGCAUGCUAAUAUUAGCAUGCUAGCUUUUUUUGUUAGUUUUGCUGCUGUACAUAAUUCAUAUAGUAUUGUAAUUUGGUGCGUGAGACAUGCUACCUGUUAGAAUGUUAACGUUAGCACUCCAUCAUGCUAAAAUUAGCAUGUUCAUUUUCUUAGCCAGUUUUGCCGAUGUACACAUGAAGUCAUAAAAGUUAGUACUUGACACAUAUUAACAGUUAGCAUGUUUACAUAAAAAUGAUAAAAUGCUAACAUUAGCAUGCUAACUUUUUCAGCCGUACACCUCAGAGUCAUAUGCCUUGGUACGCGACACUUAGUAACUCUUAGCACGCUAAAAUUAGCAUGCCAGCUUUUUUAGCUAAUGUUGCUGCUGUACAUAAUUCAUAUGGUCAUAUAAUUUGGUAAGUGACACAUGCUACCUGGUAGAAUGCUAACGUUAGCAUGCUAGCGCGCUAACAUUAGCAUGUACAUUUUUUCAGCCAGUUUUGCUAAUAUUAGCAUGUUAGCUUUUAAAUAAAAAUUAUUAUUGUUCUAAUGACGGUGAAAUAUGUCAUUUUUUAAAUAGAUUUAGUAUUAAUUACGCUUUUUCACACACUCAGCAUUAACACAAAAUUUCUCCUGCAUAUUGUAGUUAUUAUUAUUGUUUUAAUGACGGUGAAAAAUGGCAUUAAAAAAAAAAAGAAUUUAGUAUUAAUAAAAAAAAUAUGUGUGUAAAUGUUUGACGUAAAUCAUUUAAAUCUACCCUGACAUGAAUGAGAAAGGAAAAUGAAGAAUUAUUGUUUUUACUUUGCAUUUUUAAUGGAGCAGCUAUGAAUUAAAUGGGUUAUUAUUAUCCUGUUUUUGUUGUUAUCAUGACACACAUUUGCAUGUAAACAACAACUUUGUACAGCAAUAUCAAUAUUUGUACUUUUUGUGACAUUUCACAAAUUAAAAUAAGUUUGAUGACAGUAAAACACUUUUAUUGUCCUGCUGCAGUACCUUAAAUGCCAGCAGAUGGCAGAAUUGUAUUCUGAGUCUAUUAUUGUCUUGACAGCCAAUAAUGACGUCUUCAUAAACACUAUGCGUUUGUUUCUGGUCACGUGAUCAGAACCUGGGCGUGUUUUCUUUCAUUUAAACUGUUUAUUAAAAUGAUACUAUAGAUGUCAACAUUGUGUAUGUGCUGAAAUAUUCAUUUAUGAUUGUUUAUCAAAAUAUAACUAUAGAUGUCAACAUUUUGUAUGUGCUGAAAGAUUAAUUUAUGAUUGUUUAUCAAAAUAUAACUAUAGAUGUCAACAUUGUGUACGUGCUGAUUCAUUUAUGAUUGUUUAUCAAAAUAUAACUAAAAAUGUCAACAUUGUGUACGUGCUGAUUCAUUUAUGAUAGUUCAUCAAAAUAUAACUAUGGAUGUCAACAUUGUGUACGUGCUGAAAUAUUCAUUUAUGAUUGUUUAUCAAAAUAUAACUAUAGAUGUCAACAUUGUGUAUGUGCUGAAAUAUUAAUUUAUGAUUGUUUAUCAAAAUAUAACUAUAGAUGUCAACAUUGUGUAUGUGCUGAAAUAUUCAUUUAUGAUUGUUUAUUCAAAUAUAACUAUAGAUGUCAACAUUGUGUA